UAUUUUCUGACACUAACGUUAUUUUUGUCUUUGUUUCAGACUUCGACAGGUUGGAAUUUUGCCCAAAAGAAACUCAACUCAGAUACUUCGAGCGGCAGUUCGAUCUGGCCGAGGAGACGCGGCUGCCCAUGUUCCUCCACUGCAGGAGCUCCCAUCAGGAGUUCGUCGACAUCAUGAAGAGGAACAGAGACCGAUGUGUCGGAGGAGUGGUUCACUCUUUCGACGGGACGGCGGAGGACGCUGCUGCCCUCGUUGAUCUGGACCUCUACAUCGGGAUCAACGGAUGCUCCUUGAAAACGGAGGCAAACAUCGAAGCCAUGAAGUCCGUCCCCGCCGAGAGACUCAUGAUAGAAACAGGUGAGACACAGACG